AUGGCUCCAGUCACAGUGGAGCGCGUUGAGUCGCCUGUCACCGUCAGAGCCUACCUGAUGUGUGCUUUCGCCGCCUUUGCUGGAAUUUUGUUCGGUUACGAUUCAGGUUACAUCAACGGUGUCAUGGGCACUCAAGUCUUCAAGAAGGAGUUUGGUAGUUUCACUGGUGUCACUGAGACCAGUGCCAAUGGCUACAGCAUUGCUAGUGGCACUCAAUCCCUUAUUAUCUCCAUUCUCUCUGCCGGUACUUUCUUCGGUGCUCUCUUCUCGGGCGCGCUUGCCGAUUGGAUCGGUCGCAGAACCACUAUCAUUGCCGGGUGUGGUGUCUUCGCUGUCGGUGUUAUCCUUCAGGUCGCCUCCACCACCGUACCUCUCAUCGUCGUAGGCCGUCUUGUUGCCGGCGUGGGAGUCGGUUUCGUCAGUGCUAUAAACAUUUUGUACAUGUCUGAAGUCGCUCCUCGCAAGGUCCGAGGCGCAAUCGUAUCUUGUUACCAGUUCGCAAUCACGAUUGGUCUCAUGCUUGCCUCGAUCGUCACUUACGCUUGCCGCAACUACACAAACACUGGUGCCUACAGAAUCCCGAUCGCCAUCCAGUUCGCCUGGGCCAUCAUCCUUUCCAUCGGUCUCUUCCUCCUUCCUGAGUCUCCUCGUUACUACGUCAAGAAGCAGCAGCUCGACAGAGCCGCCAAGGCUCUCGCCCGUGUCCGUGGCCAGCCUGUCGACAGCCCAUACAUCGUCGAUGAGCUCGCCGAGAUUCAGGCCAACUUCGAGUACGAAAUGUCCGUCGGUCAAGUCAGCUGGAUCGGUAUGUUCUCUGGUGGCAUCACCAAUCGCAACUCGAACAUCCGCAAGGUCUUCAUCGGUGUCCUCCUUCAGAUGAUGCAACAAUGGACUGGUGUCAACUUCAUCUUCUACUUCUCGACCAGCUUCUUCGAGUCCAUUGGUAUCGAAAACGCCUUCCUGAUCUCCAUGAUCACUACCAUUGUCAACGUUUGCUCCACCCCUCUGUCUUUCUGGACCAUUGAGCGCUUCGGUCGUCGUCCCCUCCUGAUUUACGGUGCCAUCGGCAUGUGUGUCUGCGAGUGGAUUGUUGGUAUCACUGGUACUGCUGAUGCCGGCUCUCGCGCGUCUCAGAUCGUUCUUAUCCUGUUCACCUGUAUCUACAUUUUCUUCUUCGCCUCGACCUGGGGUCCCACCGCUUGGGUCUCGAUCGGAGAAAUCUUCCCUCUUCCCAUCCGUUCCAAGGGUGUUGCCAUGUCUACUGCCUCUAACUGGUUCUGGAACUGCAUCAUUGCCGUCAUCACCCCUUACCUUGUCGACAAGAAAGAAGCCGAUCUCGGUCCUAAGGUCUUCUUCCUCUGGGGUUCCACUUGCGCAGUCUGCAUCGCCUUCGCCUACUUCUUCGUGCCCGAGACCAAGGGCUUGUCUCUUGAGCAAGUUGACAAGAUGAUGUCCGAGGUAUCUGCACGCAAAUCGGCAGGUUGGGUCCCACACGACACCUUCGCUCAGGAGUUGGGCAAGGACUCUUCUGCCAUCGAGGAGAUUGUCCAUGAGUCCAAGGUUUAA